AAAGUUUUCCUUCCUAUACCAGUAAGAUCCAGCUAUUAUUCAGGAGAGGAAAUCUAGCCAACAUCAGCCACCUACCAAAGCCUGGCCAUUUUUACAUUCCUCUCCUGCUUUUGUUUGCUCGGUUGGAACAACAGUGGAUCCAUAAACAAAUUAGCACUGUGGACUUGAAUAACAGAAACAUUCAGAAACUACAAAAAUCUCAGCAUACCUUGAAUAGAAUGAUUGAGUCUGUUUGGAUAAAACCACACCUUCUGGAACAGCCUUGAAGAGUUCGUUACUGAGGGUCACGACAUUUUCAAGAAGAAAACUCUCUUAAAUCAAGCUCUGCACCAUGACUGAGGCUGCAGCAGAAGACUUGUUCAACGUGCCGGCACCAGUCAUUGACUAUGAGAGUGAAACCACGUUACAGCCUGAGCGAACAGCAAACAAGAGCCUGCUCUCCAUCUUCAGCUCCCCUUGGCCAUGGCUUCUGCUCCUCUCCCUCAUCUUCCUCGGGUCAUCAGUCGCCAUCACGUUCGACCUCAUCAACUACAGAGGCCUGACUGGAGAAUUGUGUGACAUGUAUUUUGACCCCAUGGAAAUGGUCAGCGAAGCAGUGGAUGAAUUUUCCAACUUGACGAAACAGUCCUUAACCUCCUUAUACAGCAUUCUCCUAGAAGAAGAUUUAACCCCCAAACGACAUUCAGUAAGAAAGAAAGGAGAAUUUCUGCCACCAAAAGAGAAAGAACCUAUAGAGAUAUGGUUCGGGAAAACUUUCCAAGUAGAAGAGGAACAUCUGGAAAAAGCAGAGGCUAGGAUACAGAGAGAUGAAAAAGAAGAGGCACUGACAGAAAAAGCCAAGCCCACCCCUGAACAAAAAGUACACAAGCCAUCUGAGCACGACGCUAAAGUGUCAGAGAAGCUGAAGGCCAAGGAAGAAAAACAGAAAGACAGGAAAAAACAAGAAAAGCCGACAGCCGAGAAAAAAGCAGACCGACCUUCACUGGAAGAGCCAAGAAAGACUAAACCUGAGGAAAAGCUUGUCACAGUAGCGGAGACAAAAAGAGAAAAAAUACAGUUAAAACCCGAGAAGAAAGUAGAGAUAUCAAAGACGAGAGAUAUCAAACCCCCUCCUGAAGUGGAGAAGACAAAAGAGGUCGACGCCAAAGCUAUUAAGCCUGACAAAGUAACGGAAAAACCAAAAGAAAAAGAGGAAAAAGACAAAAAAGAACAAAAAAGGGAAGGUCCUGUGAAGAAGAAAGUAGAGAUACCACAAAAAAAGGAGGCAACUGUGGGAAAAGUCAAACCUACAGCUGAACCCAAAGUUGAGAAACCAAAGAAGACUGAGAGCAAAGCAGCACCUGAGAAACCACAAAAGGACAAAAAGCCAGAGAAGAAAGUGGAGGAACUGAAAAGAGUGGAAAAGAAAAUAGAAAAAGCCAAAGCAGCUGUCGAACCCACAGUCAAGAAAGCAAAGGAGGAUCAAUCCAAAGUACUAGAACAAACACUAAAAGAGGGGAAACCUGAGAAGAGAACAGAAAGAGAAAAGAAAGAUGAAAAAACUGUGAAGAAAACCAAGCCCCCCACUGAAUCUGAGGUCGAUAAACCGGCGGAGAUGGCAUCUAAAGCACUUAAGCCAAAAGUAAAGGAAGGAAGAAUAAAGGACAAAAAAGAACAAGACAAGCCUGCAAAAGCAGAAAAGAAAACAGUGAGAGAAGAAAAGGCUGAGGGAAUUAAACCUGCUCCUGAAUCCAAAGUGGAGAAGCCAAAAACGACGGACAUCAAAAUAGAACACAAAGCUGAAAUAGAAGCAGAAACAAAGAGACCUUCAAAGCAGAAGGAAAAAGCAGAGAAAUCAAAGAAAAAAGAAAAAGCCAAGCCAGCUCUGGAAGUCAAAAUGGAUAAAGUGAAGGAGUUGGAACCCAAAGAAAAACAGAGGGCAAAGGCUGAUAAAGAAUCUGAAAAGAAGUCUGUAAUACCUGAGAAGGAAGUGGAAAAAGCAAAGGAAUUUGCACCAACCCUAGAAAAAGUCAAACCUACUGCAGAAUCAAAAGUGGAGAAACUAAAGAAAGAAGAACCUGUUACAGAACAGGUCAAACCUACAGAGGGACUCAAAGUGGAAAAACUGAAAAUGGAAGGACCAGUUACAGAAAAAGUCAAACCAACAACAGAAUUAAAAAUGGAGAAACCAAAGAAAGAAGAACCAAAAAGAGAAAAAGUUGAACACACUGGAGAACCCAAAGCGGAGAAACCAAAAAAGGAAGAACUAAGUACAGAAAAAGUCAAACCCACAGCAGAACCUAAACUGGAGAAACCAAAGAAAGAGGCAGUUUCCGCAAAAGCCAAACCUACGGGAGAAUCCAAAGGAGAGAAACCCAAGAAGGAACUGGUUACAGAAAAAGUCAGAUUCAAAGCAGAACCAAAAUUGGAGAAACAGAAGAUGAAAGAACCAGUUACAGAAAAAGUCAAACCCACAGCAGAAACCAAACUUGAUAGACCAAAGAAGGAAGAACCAGUAAUAGAAAAAGUCAAACCCAAAGCUGAAUCCAAACUGGAGAAACCAAAGAAAGAACAAAUUUCCGAAGAAGCCAAACCUACAGCAGAACCUAAAGUGGAGAAAUCAAAGAAGGAAGAACUGGUUAAAGAAAAAGUCAAGCCCACGGCAGAACCCAAAGUGCAGAAACAAAAGAAGGAAGAACCAGUCAGAGAAAAAUUCAAAUCCAAAGCUGAACCCAAACUGGAGAAACUAAAGAAGGAGGAAUCGGUUACAGAAAAAAUCAAACCAAGAACUGAAGUCAAAGUAGAGAAACCAAAGAAAGAAGAACUGGUUACUGAAAAAGCCAAACCCACUGCAGAACCCAAAGUGGAGAAACCAAAGAAGGAAGAACCUGUUAGAGAAAAAGCCAAACCUACAGCAGAACCUAAAAUGGAGAAACCAAAGAUUGAAGAACUGGUUACUGGAAAAGUCAAACUGACUGCAAAGCCCAAAGUGGAGAAACCUAAGAAGGAAGAACCUGUUACAGAAAAGGUUAAACCCACAGCAGAACCCAAAGUGAAGAAACCAAAGAAGGCAGAACUUGUGAUAGAAAAAGUCAUACUUACAGCAGAACCCAAAGUGGAGAAACCAAAGAAGGAAGAAUCUGUUACAGAAAAAGUCAAACCUACAGCAGAACCUAAAGUGGUGAAACCAAAGAAGGCAGAACCUGAUACAGAAAAAGCCAAACCUAUAGCAGAACCCAAAGUGGAGAAACCAAAGAAGGAAGAACCAAAAAGAGAAAAAGUUAAACACACUGGAGAACCCAAAGCGGAGAAACCAAAAAAGGAAGAACCAAUUACAGAAAAAGUCAAACCCACAGCAGAACCUAAACUGGAGAAACCAAAGAAAGAGGCAGUUUCCGAAAAAGCGAAACCUAUGGGAGAAUCCAAAGGAGAGAAACCCAAGAAGGAACUGGUUACAGAAAAAGUCAGAUUCAAAGCUGAACCAGAAUUGGAGAAACAGAAGAGGAAAGAACCAGUUACAGAAAAAGUUAAACCAACAGCAGAACCUAAAGUGGGGAAAGCAAAAAAGGCAGAACCUAUUACAGAGAAAGUCAAACCUACAGCAGAAUUCAAAGUGGAGAAACCAAAAAAAGAAGAACUGGUUACUGGAAAAGUCAAACCCACUGCAAAGCCCAAAGUGGAGAAACCGAAGAAGGAAGAACCUCUUACAGAAAAAGCCAAACCUACAGCAGAACCCAAAGAGGAGAGAUUAAAGAAGGAAGAACCUGUUGCAGAAAAAGUCAAACCAACAGCAGAACCUAAAGUGGAGAAACCAAAGAAGGCAGAACCUGUUACAGAAAAAGCCAAACCUACAGCAGAACCCAAAGUGGAGAAACCAAAGAAAGACGAACUGGUUACUGGAAAAGUCAAACCCACUGCAGAACCCAAAGUGGAGAAACCGAAGAAGGCAGGACCUGGUACAGAGAAAGUCAAACCCACUGCAGAAGCCAAAGUGGAGAAACCGAAGAAGGAAGAACCUGUUGCAGAAAAAGUCAAACCUACAGCAGAACCUAAAGUGGAGAAACCAAAGAAAGAAGAACCGAUUACUGGAAAAGUCAAACCCACUGCAGAACCCAAAGUGAAGAAACUGAAGAAGGCAGAACCUGUUACAGAAAAAGCCAAACCUAUAGCCGAACUCAAAGUGGAGAAACCAAAGAAGGAUGAACCUGUUGCAGAAAAAGUCAAACCAACAGCAGAAACUAAAGUGGAGAAACCAAAGAAGGCAGAACCUGUUGCAGAAAAAGUCAAACCUACAGCAGAAACUAAAGUGGAGAAACCAAAGAAGGCAGAACCUGUUGCAGAAAAAGUCAAACCUACAGCAGAACCUAAAGUGGAGAAACCAAAGAAGGAAGAACUGGUUACAGAAAAAGUCAUACCCACAGCAGAACCGAAAGUGGACCACCCACAGAAGGAUGAACCUGUUACAGAAAAAGUCAAGACUACAGCAAAACCCAAAGUGGAGAAACCAAAAAAGGAGGAAAUGGUUGUAGAAAAAGCCAAACCCACAAUAAAACUCAAAUUGGAGAAACAGAAGAAGGAAGAACCAGUUAUAGAAAAACCUAAACCCACUGCAGAGCCCAAAGUGGCGAAACUGAAGAAGGAAGAACUAGCUAUAGAAAAAUCCAAACCCACAAUUGAACCCAAAGUGGAAGAACCGAAGAAGGAAGAACUGGUCAUAGAAAAAGUCAAGCCCACAGCAGAACCCAAAGUGGACAAACAAAAAAAGCCUGAAUACCAAACUAAGCUUGACAAAGUUUCAGAAAAACUUUCAAAAGAAAAGACCAAAGUCAAAAAAGAAAAAGUCAAGGAAGAACCUGGAAAACCUGAGACAAAAACAGAGAUAACAAGGAAGGAUGAGGAACCAGCUGGAAAAGUCAAACCCAAAAUGCAGAAACCAAGAAUUAUUGAAACCAAAGUUGUCUUCGCAGAGAAGCAGAAAAUAAAGGCUGAGAAAGAAGCUGUAGGAGAGUCAGUGAAACUGGAGAAGAAAGCAAGGAAGGGAGAGGAGGCUGAAGCAAAAGCGGGGGUCGCCGCUGAAGCCAAAGUGCAGAAGCGCAAAGAGGCCGUGGCAAAAAAAGCUCACGGUAAAUCUGAGGAGAAGCCUAAACUGAGCGCUCCAGGGACUCCAAAAAAAGUGCACAAGAAGAGAGGCCCUACGUGUGAUCCUCUGCCACGCUACUGUCCGGGACCCCCGCGUUGGUAUGACCAUCCAAUCAUCACAAACAGAUCCGCAGUACAGACUUCCAAAAAAGAGUCAAAUGUUACGCUGGCAGCCAAACAGCCAACUACUCCAAAACGAGAAGCUGAAGUUCCUAAAAAGAAGACUGUGGAGGUCAAACCAAAAAAAGAGCCAGUACAUACUAAAGACAAGAUCAAACAGGUUUCUAAAAAGAAAGAGCCUGUCGUCCCAACAAAGAAGGCCAGAAAAGAUCAGUUGGAGAAAGAGAGUAAGGUUCCCAAGGUGAAACUGACUUCACCUCCCCAAAAAGAACCUAAAGACCUUAAAGUGAAGGCCAAACCAGCUCGUGCAAAGAAAGAUAAGCCUGUUGAGAAGAAACAUAUCAAGAUGGAGAAAGUGGAAGAAGAGCCGGAACCCGUUGCAGAUGACAUGGCAGCAAGUUGGGAUAUCCACUUCUUCCAGUGUGUCUUUGUGGAUGAAGAGAACGGCCAAUACCCACUGUUCCCCUUCAUGCCUUGGCAGAACAUACAAUUCAGACUGCCUCUUUCAAACUACUGAGAAAGCUUGGGCCCAGCACAGCAGGGCAGCUUUACCUGACAGCACCUGUGCUGAUCACCUUUCCUGCCGCGGCAACUGCUAUGGUUCAGCUGGGGCUCUGGCACUUCUCAAAAGGUCCUUAACAGUAACCGCAGACCGGCUGGAAUGGAGAGAACGGCAUUUAUUUGACCUGUUACGGUGCAAUUUUCCUUUGUUGCUGUACAGGUACAGCAGCGUAAACCCAAAUCCUUUCCAGGAAACUUUACCUGUUGCAGAUUUUGGUGGAAAUAAUUCCCAGAAUCCUCAGUGCAUAACCAUGAAUUCAAAAUGUUCCAUGCUGAAUAAUUGUUUACAUUUCUAAUGGUCGACAGUUUAACAGUGCUGAAUACAUGUAAAAUUAGUAGAUACUAGGGAACGAUUAAAUAUCCUUCUCUAUUUAGCAGGUUACAUGCAGAGUACUUUUGAAUCUAUUUACAUAAACUUUCUAAAGUGCUGUCACAAGAUGUAAAAAAGCAUAUUUUAAAAGUUUACAUUUUAUUCAGUGACUAAGAAAGCUGUCUUAUGUAAGCCUUAGAAAUGUAUUGACGUGGCCUUAUGAAGCCAACGCUAUAUACUGUAUACUGACUUAUCUUUUAAUGAUUUUGACUUGAUCGUAACACAGGGCACACAAGUUUGUAAAUAGUCCUUCUGCACUAUCCUUGAGUGGGAGGGGUCUGGAGUGCUCAUUUCCUACAGUACAUUCGCAUGUGUCACUAUUCAGCGAAUGAGGACGUCCAGUGGAUGGUACAGUGUCUCGUGAUUGGACCUGCCAAGAUACUGUGUAUCGUCUUCAAGUUUGCGCUGUGCCGGCCGCACUGUUAUGUAACGGUAAUCGUGGGAGGCUGGUUCAGUAUUCAUUUACACUGAUAUGACCAACUGGCAUAUUUUGACCAUCACUAGAGUUACUUGUAAUGUCUUACUUGUAAUGUCAGAAAGGUGGUAUGUAAUAUACAUUAUUCAUGCUUAUUAUUGUUUAUAAAGAAUUCAGGGAACUUC